AUGUCGAGAUUUUUCAAAGCUAGAGGAGGAUCUGAUUCGGACACCGAUUCAACUGAUUCGGAAAUCGAGGACGAGCCAAAAGUGACAAAAAAGAACAACUACGGAACGUAAGUUUUGAUAUUUUUUCUGAAAUUGCAGAAAAUAGGAAAUUUUCAGCGAUGAUCUCGACUUCGCUGCUGGUGGAGAAGAUGAUGAGAAACGUGUUGUUCGCGCUCAAAAAGACAAGAAAUUCGAUGAAUUGAAGGGAAUUAUCAAACAAAAUCGUGAUGCCAAAAGUAAUAAGGAUUUGAACAAAUUGUUGACCGGAUUCGAUACUUUGACAAAAGCCUUUGAAAAAUCAAAGGCUGUUUUCCAACGUCAAAACAUUGGUGUUCCACGUUUCUUCAUUCGAUCAAUUGUUGAAAUUGAAAAUUAUGCCAACAAAUUGUGGGAUGAUAAGGAAGCCAAGUCUGGAUUGUCAAAAAAUAACGCAAAAGCUUUACCUGCUCUUCGUCAAAAAGUCAAGAAAUAUAUCAAAGAACUUGGAACACCAGUCACUGAUUAUCUUGCAAAUCCUGAUGAGGAAGGUUACGAAACUCCAGAAGAGGAAGAAGAUGAUAUUGAAAGCGAGGAUGAUGGAGUAUUGGAGAAAUCACCUGAAAAAGCGGUUGCUCAAGCAGAGACCGAUGAUGAUCGCGAUGACGAUGUUCGUAGUACAUCAAGUUGGUCUUCUGAACCAGAUACUUCUGGUUCCGACACUGAUGAAGAUGGUGUUUCGAAAAUGGAACAACUCAGACGUUAUUUCUUGAAGUAAGUUCUUUGUCACGAGUGAUUUUUUUCUUCAAAUACAAACGUUUUCAGGAAAGAAUUCCGUGGAGAUGACAAGGGAGACAAAAAAGACAAACGAAAGCAACGUGUUAUCAAAGUUAAAGAAGCUGUCGAAGAUGAUGACGAUGAUUGGACUCCAGUUUCUCGUGAAAAGAACGUUGUUCUCUUUGAUCCAAAAGAAGAAGUUACACAUGACGUAAGUUAUUUUGGAAGUUUGUUAUGAAUUUUUAUUUAAAUAUUUUCAGGUUAUGAUCAAGAAAUUGAACGAAGUCAUGUCUGUUCGUGGUAAACGUAAUACUGAUCGCGAUCAACACGUUGCUAAUCUUCGAAAACUUUUGGAAGUUUGUGAAGAGAAGCAGCUUGGAGUGGGACUUCAUGUUAAAAUUAGCUUUCGCCAUUAUUUCUGCACUUUUUGAAAUCAACGUCAAAAUCAGUGAUCAUAUGGAUUAUGAAAGUUUUGCUACAACAUUGGCAACUGUCAACAAUCUUUUGACUGUUUUGAUUGAAAACGAAAAUGUAAAACUCUCUGUUACUUUUUCGGAUGAAGACGAAAACUUGAAAGACGAUAAGGAAGAUUAUAGAAUUCAAGGUUCAAUUUUGAUUGCUGUUCAACGAUUGGAUUCGGAAUUGGCGAAGAUUUUGCAAAACGCUGAUUGUCAUUCGAAUGAUUACAUUGAAAAGUAAGAUUUUUGUGUUUGAAGUAUAUCUCAAAAUCUGAUGUUUCAGACUCCGUGGUGAGAAAGAUAUGUGCAAUUUGAUUGAAAGAGCCGAGAAAUAUGUUGAACUUCGUCAUCAUCUUGGUGUUUUCGAUAAAUACGAAGUUUGCAAGAUCUACAUGAUGAGAAUCGAACAUAUCUAUUAUAAAUAUAAAGAUCAAUGUGACUUUGAAGGAGAUGUUGGAGAAAUGAUGACUUAUUUAUGCAACAAGAUUUAUUCAUUGGACGAAGAAAAACAAUUGAGACAACGUGCCAUGUUAUGUCAUGUUUAUUGGUUGGCAGUUCAUGAUGAAUGGCAUAGAGCUAGAGAUUUGUUGUUAAUGAGUCAUAUGCAAGCAAUUGUUGAUCAUUCAGAUAUUGAUACCCAGGUAAAUCAAUUAUUUUUAUUUAUUUUAUUUAUCAAAGAAAAUUCACUGUUUCAACAAUUUAAUAUUUUUUAGAAUAAUAAAAAUAACAAGAAUUUAUAGCCGCCUACGGCGGCGUGACCUUUAAAUGCGGAAAGACACCUCGGGAAAUAAUAUAUAAGUAGAUAAGGCUGAUUGGCAACGCAAUAGAUCCAAAUCUUGAAAAAUCUCCAUAUUUAUUUUUAGAUUCUCUACAAUCGUACCAUCUGCCAACUUGGUCUUUGUGCUUUCCGUCAUGGAUUCAUUCGCGAAGCCCAUCAAGGACUUUCUGAAAUUCAAAACACUCAACGUGCAAAGGAACUCUUGGCCCAAGCAAUUGGAAUGCGCCAACACGAAAAAACUUUCGAACAAGAGAAAAUGGAAAGAUCUCGCCAAGUUCCUUAUCAUAUGCACAUCAAUGUUGAAUUAAUGGAAUGUGUUUAUUUGAUUUGUUCAAUGUUACUUGAAAUUCCACACAUGGCAAGUUGUGAAUUUGAAAUGAGAAGAAGAAUGUUGAGUAGAUCAUUCCAUUAUCAAUUGAAACAAAGCGAAAAAGCCUCAUUGACUGGUCCACCAGAAAAUACAAGAGAACAUGUUGUUGCCGCUUCAAAAGCAAUGUUGAAUGGAGACUGGAAGAAAUGUAGAGAUUAUAUUGUCAACGAGAAAAUGAAUCAAAAAGUUUGGAAUCUUUUCUAUAAUCCAGAACCAGUUAAAGUAAUGGUUGUUCGUAGAAUUCAAGAAGAAUCACUUCGAACAUAUCUUCUUACUUAUUCCACUGUUUAUGCAACUGUUUCUCUCACCAAAUUGUCCAACCUUUUCGAAUUGUCAAAGAAGGAUGUUCACAGCAUCAUUAGCAAAAUGAUUAUUCAAGAAGAAUUGUCAGCAACUCUUGAUGAACCAACUGAUUGUUUGAUUAUGCACAGAAUCGAACCAUCAAGACUUCAAAUGUUGGCGUUGAAUUUGUCGGACAAAUUGCAAAAUUUGGCUGAAAACAAUGAAGCAAAUUUUGGAGCCAAGAACUGGAAGAGGAGGGUUUUCUGGACCAGGAGCUUGGUUUCCAGGAAGGAACGAGCGGCAAGGAGACAAACAAAAAGGAACUGUAAGUUUUGUUUUUUUUUGGAAAUAAUUAUUGAGAUUUUUUCUAAAUGAUAAAUGUUCUAUUUAGAACGGAUUCAUUCAAGUUCGAAAAUAAUUUGAGUUUUAUAUUUUCGAAAAAUGGGCCAAUUGCCACGAACAAGUAUCCGUUUUUUAUUCAAAAGCGAAAAUUAUUUAAAUAUUGAAUUACAGGGAGAUCGUCGAACUGGACCAUCAGAUGGAAAACGAGGAAGUAACAGCGGAGGAGUUUGGGGAGGAUCGGGCGGUGCUAAUCAACCUCGUAGAAAUCAAAAACAAAGAGCCUUCUAA